AUGGCAGACAGAAGACCAGAGAAGUCAUGUGAACAAGCAUGUGAAUCUCUUAAGCAGCAGGAUUAUGAAGUGGCAGUGAAGCAUUGCACAGAGGCUCUCCUUUCCCUCAGCCAGUACCCCCCAGCACACCUCCCGGAGGCAUGCCAGGCAGAAAUCGACCGCAUCAAAAUCGAGACUCUUCUGUAUAGAAUUGCUUCCUUUUUACAACUUAAAAAGUAUGGGCAAGCAGAUGAAGACUGUAGGCAUGUGCUGGGAGAGGGGCUGGCCAAGGGAGAUGGAUCUUUCCGUGCAGUGCUCUGCUGCAUGCAUCUUAAAGGGAAGCUGCAAAUUGUGUCUAAUGUUCUUUCCAAAUCACUGAUGGGUGAAUCACUGAACGGGAUGGUAACUAAAGAUCUGACACGACUGAAAACACUUCUUGCUGAAACAGAGGCAGCUGGCAAAGUACCAUCAGGAUAUCAUGUAGAAGAUUUAGAAGAAGGGUCCCGGGAUGGCUGGCAGUUCCGCCCUCCACCCAGGGGAGUCACAAGCAGUGAGGAGUAUACACUAUGUAAAAGAUUUCUAGAGCAAGGGAUCUGCAGGUACGGUGCACAGUGUACUUCAGCACAUUCCCAGGAAGAGCUAACAGAGUGGCAGAAACGAUACGCGUCCCGCCUGAUCAGGUUGAAACAGCAGAAGGAAAACAAGCAAUGUUCAGGCAGUUACAUGGAAACCUUGAUUGAGAAAUGGAUGAAUUCAUUGUCUCCUGAGAAAGUGCUUAGUGAAUGUGUAGAAGGAGUGAGAGUAGAACACAACCCUGAGCUGUCGGUAACUGUCACCACCAAAAAAUCUCAUCAGACAUGGACAUUUGCUCUCACCUGUAAGCCUGCAAGAAUGCUGUAUCGAGUGGCAUUGCUUUAUGAUGCCCAUCGUCCACAUUUUAGUAUCGUUGCAAUAUCUGCUGGAGACAGCACUACCCAGGUAUCACAAGAAGUUCCAGAAAACUGUCAGGAAUGGAUUGGAGGCAAAAUGGUCCAGAAUGGAAUAGAUCACUAUAUUUAUAAAGUCAGCAUAGCCUUCAACACAGAAAUCUUUGGAACUUUUCGCCAAACCGUUGUGUUUGACUUUGGGUUAGAACCAGUCCUCAUGAAACGAGUGAUGAUUGAUGCUGCUUCAACUGAAGAUCUUGAAUACCUGAUGCAUGCAAGGCAACAGCUACUAACCACAGCUAAGCGUUGGGAUUCUACUUCUAAGACUAUUGUAGAAUUUGAGCCUAAUGAAACUACUGAAUUGGAGAAGAGCCUUCUUACCAGAUACCAAAUCCCUCUGUCUGCUGACCAGCUAUUUACACAAUCUGUGCUGGACAAAUCAUUGACCAAGACCAACUAUCAGUCACGGCUACACGACCUCCUUUAUAUUGAGGAAAUAGCACAGUAUAAGGAAGUUAGCAAGUUCAACAUAAAAGUGCAAUUGCAGAUUGUAGCAAGCUUCAUGCUCACUGGUGUCUCUGGAGGUGCAAAGUAUGCCCAAAAUGGACAACUUUUUGGCCGCUUUAAACUCACUGAAACGCUUUCGGAAGACACUUUGGCUGGACGGCUGGUGAUGACCAAAGUCAAUGCUGUUUAUUUAUUGCCUGUCACUAAAGAGAAGUCAGCACAGACCCAAGGAACCAAAGAGAAGGUUUAUGAAGCAGCUAUUGAGGAGAAAACAAAGGAUUAUAUCUUCUUGAGGGUAUCCAGGGAAUGCUGUGAAGAACUUAAUCUUCGGGCAGAUUGUGAAAUGCAGGUUGAACUUCAGUUCCAGUUAAAUCGCUUACCCCUCUGUGAAAUGCAUUAUGCCUUGGACAGGAUUAAGGACAACAGUAUUUUGUUUCCAGAUGUCAGCAUGACUCCCACCAUACCCUGGAGUCCCAACAGACAAUGGGAUGAGCAGUUGGACCCUCGACUAAACGCAAAGCAGAAAGAGGCUGUUCUGGCUAUCACUACUCCACUUUCCAUACAACUGCCUCCUGUUCUUAUCAUCGGUCCCUAUGGGACAGGAAAAACCUUCACUCUGGCUCAGGCAGUCAAGCACAUACUCCAACAGCAGGAUACAAGCAGGAUUCUCAUUUGCACCCAUUCUAAUAGUGCUGCUGAUCUCUACAUAAAGGAUUAUUUACAUCCAUAUGUAGAAGCAGGCAAUCCCCAGGCAAGACCUCUCAGGGUAUAUUUCAGAAAUCGCUGGGUAAAGACUGUCCACCCAGUUGUGCAUCAGUACUGUUUGAUUUCAAGCACACAUUCCACCUUUCAGAUGCCACAGAAAGAAGACAUUCUUAAGCAGCGAGUAGUAGUUGUGACUCUAAAUACAUCACAGUAUCUUUGUCAGCUGGAUCUUGAACCAGGUUUUUUUACACACAUUCUGUUAGAUGAAGCUGCACAAGCUAUGGAGUGUGAAACCAUUAUGCCUCUGGCAUUAGCUAAUAAAAACACAAGAAUUGUCUUGGCUGGAGACCACAUGCAGCUCAGUCCUUUUGUCUACAGUGAAUUUGCCAGGGAAAGAAACCUUCAUGUUUCAUUGCUUGAUCGGCUCUAUGAGCACUACCCUGCAGAAUUUCCAUGCAGGAUCUUGCUGUGUGAGAACUAUCGCUCCCAUGAAGCUAUCAUCAAUUAUACAUCUGAACUUUUCUAUGAAGGCAAAUUGAUGGCAAGUGGAAAGCAGCCAGCACACAAAGAUUUCUACCCUUUGACUUUCUUCACAGCACGUGGGGAAGAUGUGCAAGAAAAAAAUAGUACAGCUUUUUACAAUAAUGCAGAGGUGUUUGAAGUAGUGGAGCGUGUUGAAGAAUUAAGAAGAAAAUGGCCUGUUGCCUGGGGCAAGUUGGAUGAUGGCAGUAUAGGAGUUGUAACACCUUAUGCUGAUCAAGUGUUCAGAAUCCGGGCUGAACUUCGGAAAAAAAGGCUGUCUGAUGUCAGUGUGGAGAGAGUGCUCAAUGUUCAGGGAAAACAGUUUAGAGUUUUGUUUCUCAGCACAGUACGAACACGGCAUACGUGCAAACAUAAGCAAACACCAAUUAAAAGGAAAGAGCAGUUACUGGAGGAUUCAACGGAAGACUUGGAUUAUGGUUUUCUGUCCAAUUACAAACUUCUCAACACUGCCAUUACAAGAGCACAAUCCUUGGUAGCUGUGGUGGGAGAUCCUAUUGCUUUGUGUUCCAUUGGAAGAUGCAGGAAAUUUUGGGAAAGGUUUAUUGCCCUGUGUCAUGAGAAUGAAAGUCUCCAUGGCAUCACAUUUGAACAGAUCAAGGCUCAGCUGGAAGCUUUGGAGUUAAAGAAAACUUAUGUGUUGAACCCACUGGCUCCUGAGUUCAUCCCCCGAGCUCUUCGGCAUCAGCAUUCAGCAAAUACCACCAAACAGCAGCAGUCACCACCAAAGGGCAAGGUCCAUCAUCAUAACCAGAAUGACCAUUUUCCACCUGAUGGAAUUGUUCAGCCCAAUCCUUCUGUUCUAAUUGGAAAUCCUAUUCGAGCAUAUACUCCUCCCCCUCCUCCUCUGGGACCUCACCCCAGUCUGGGGAAAUCUCCAAGUCCUGUUCAAAGGAUAGAUCCACACACUGGGACAAGUAUUCUCUAUGUACCUGCUGUCUAUGGAGGAAAUAUGGUCAUGUCUGUGCCUUUGCCUGUGCCAUGGACAGGGUAUCAGGGUAGAUUUGCAGUUGACCCUCGACUCAUUACUCAUCCAGCAGCCAUGGCAUAUAAUAUGAACCUGUUACAGGCACAUGGGCGUGGGUCUCCUAUACCUUACGGUCUGGGACAUCAUUCACCAGUUAACAUAGGACAACAGCAACAGCUUCAGCAUCCAGACAAGGAGCAACAUGAACAAAGUCGAAAUGGUAAAAGUGAAAACACUGCUGGACCUGAAAUCAAUAAAAUUCGAACUCCUGAGAAGAAACCUCUGGAAUCCAAGCAGGUUGACUUAGAAGCCAAUUCUCAGAGCAGAAGCCCAGAGUCUCGUUCCGGUGUUGGUUAUCCUAAUGCUAAAUUUCAUCGCAAAGAUAAUCUUAACCCCAGGCAGCUGAAUCUACAUCUCACCCCCCCACACUCCCAGUAUGCAGUCCCCAAUCGCCACUUCCAGCACCUGUCACAGAUACCAAGGCAGCCAUAUCCUCUGCAACAGCAGCAAAACCUUUUAAGUCAACAGCAAAAUCAUUUACCUGAACAAAACCAAAUACCACCCCAGCAAAGCCAGGUAGUUCAGCAGCAUAAUCAUUUGAAUCAGCAGCCUCCACAACCUUCACAGCUUUCCCCUGCUUACCAGGCAGGCCCCAGCCAGUCUUUUUUUAAUAAUCCAAUUCCCCACCGACCACAUUCUCCUGCUGUAGAUGCUGUGAUUUCAGAACAACACCCCCCACCUAUGUUACAAGAAGUCAAUAAUCCUUUGAGGCCCAUUGCACAGCACAACCCUGUUCUACCAACCCACUUGAACAACUUCAUUGAAGAGAAUCCAUCAGGAAUGCCCUUAGGGGACACUUUAGAUCGUAUGCAUGGAAAUGUAGCUUUGGAAACAAUAAGGCAGCAACAACAAGCCAGGUUACAGCAAUGGAAUGAACAUAAUGCCUAUCUCAGUCAAGGCACUAUUCCAUAUCAACACCAUCACCAUCCUCAUCUACCACAUCUUCCUCAGCAACCAAUUGGAUUGCAUCAACAGCAGCAAGUUAGGGCAAACUGGAAACUUGCCAGUAAUACAGAAGAUGAAACAGAGGCAACAUACUCAAGAUUCCAGGAUUUGCUCAGAGAACUGUCACACCGUGAUCAAAGCGAGAGCCGGGACUUAGCUGAAAUGCCACCCCCUCAGUCCAGACUGUUGCAAUACAGACAAGUUCAGCCCAGAAGCCCACCAGCACUCCCUUCUCCUUCCUGCAACUCUAACCACAGUGGUCACUUCCCUACCUUCACCGAAAACAACAGAGACGUUGAGAUACCCAGUAACCCAGCAUUUCAGCAGCAUCUCCCCCAAAUCUACAACCCCCCUUUCUCAAUGCCAUCCGAACACAUAACCCCAUCUCCCCUGAAAUACCUGCAACCCGAUGGAUCGUGGACUUAUGCUAACCUACAGCAGAAUCACCUUAUGGGGCAGGGCUUUCAUUAUGGUAUACCUCCAUUGCCCCAUAGGUCACAACAAAACCCUUUUAUACAAAUACAGAAUCAUCAGCAUGCAGUCGGUCAGGAGCCAUUUCAUCCACUCGCAUCUCGAGCAGUAUCUGCUUCUUCGCUCCACAGCUUAGAAGAGUAUGAACCAAGAGGACCAGGCAGGCCGUUGUACCAAAGAAGAAUUUCCUCUAGUUCAGUCCAGGCUUGUUCUGAAGAAUUAAGCACUCCUCAAGACAGUCUUGGUCAGUGUAAAGAGCUUCAGGACCACAGUAACCAGUCAUCUUUCAACUAUUCAUCACCUGAGUUGUGGGUAAACUCCUCCUCAUCCACCCCAUACCCAAACAUUCCAUGCAAUGGAGCCAACAGAGCAGUUCCACCCCGGGAGUUGUUAGCUCCACCGAAGACGGUCAAGCCCCCAGAGGAACACCUGAAGGCUGAGAACAUCCAGCUCUCCAAUUCCUUCAACUACAGCGUGCUCCAACACCUCGGCCAGUUCCCACCUCUCAUGCCCAACAAGCAGAUUGUGGAGUCGAACAGCAACAGCCAGCAGAACGCUGCGGGGAGCAAACCUGUCAUGUCCUACGCAAGCGCUCUGCGGGCUCCUCCAAAGCCCAAACCUCCUCCUGAGCAGACAAAAAAGAAUAGUGACCCUUUGUCUUUGUUUCAGGAACUUAGCCUAGGUAGUUCAUCAGGUAGCAAUGGCUUUUACUCCUAUUUUAAAUAACCAGAUUAUUUUUUUUAGAGAGAAUUUUAAUUUUUAUUUGUGUCAGUAGAUCUAAGAUAGUUGGGGCUUCACCUG